AUGAAGCUGGACACUCCUGCCACCAACUGGUGCGAUGACGAGAUUACGGCCAUCGGCGACGAGCUCUUGGAUGACGAGAUGGAGGGCCCAAUUAACGAAGACUUCGCACCCUGGAUGGACACCGUCUCGGAUAGCAGCGACACCGACGACGAUCCAAAGGGCCGGCCCGUCGGAGAACCUGCAAAGUGGCCGCAGACCACAGUCAGCAGCACGGAGAUGGACAGGUUAUCCGUGCUCGUUCUCGACGACUGGGACCCGUUUCGCUUCAAGCACGAAGAGCCAUCAUCGCAGUGCCAGCGGCGCCUCGAGGACGACCUCCUGGACCUCUUCAAUGAUCCCCUAACGGGUGUGUACAUCGAGCCCGUGGCAGUCGGUCGGUUCCACGUGGUGAUGGUGGUCCCCUCGCAUACGCCGUGCGAGGGCGGCUUCUUCCACUUCCUGAUACAGUGCCCGAAGGACUGCCCGAUGCGUCCGCCGCGCGUUCGCCUUAUGAACACCGACGAUGGAAGCGUGAGCUUUAAUCCAAACCUGUACAAAAGCGGCAGGGUGUGCCUGGAUAUUCUGGAAAGCUCGGACACGUCGGCGUCGAGCCCCGCGCUCACCAUCGCGAGUGUCGUCGUCUCGAUCCAGUCGCUGCUGACGGAGAAGGCGCUCUUCAACGACCCCCACUGGUGCAGCGAGGAGCGGACGGAGGACUGCGACAGCUACACUUGCGUCGUACAGCACGAGACCAUCCGCGUUGCCGUGUGCGACGCCAUCGAUGCCUGUCUCAAUGGAUCCUCGCUGUGCCCGGGGUACCUCCAACGAGUGAUGCUGGAACACUUCAUCGCCUACUACGAGAAGUACGAAAAAGUGGUCGAGUCCAACUUGGAUCUGACGGGUGCAUUUAUGAGGGACCCGCUCUCCUUCGAAACCUACGAGCGAGGACAGUACCAAUACGACAUCUUGCUCGUGAAGCUGCGCAAGAUGAAACCCGAAGUUGAGAAUUUGAUCAAGGCCUUAGACGAAGGUGAACAAGGAGUGGCUGUUCCGAUCCUGUAA